AUGGAAAUUCAAUACCUGUUCGUGGAAUACAAUGACUCUGGGGGCCGGCCCUCUGAACAAGCUCAGAGGCGCGUGAAUGCACAUGUGCAGCAAAACUAUCACGAGCACACACGCAAUGUGGGUAGUCGUACGCCAGUUAAGCUUACCGUUGGCGAUUCCCAGCCUGGCGCAUCCUUGCGAUUUCGAAUCCGACCUUUUGUACGAAGCAAGGUAGAGCCCCGCUCUCGCGGACAUCGACUCCUCGCGAAGAAGGAGCAAGCAUACCCGGAGCCUAGCACCCGCCAGAGACAUUCUGGUGAUGAAUCAAAAGCCAUGAUACUCAGAUCAAAGACAGCGGAUCUCUCCUCUAUGAUGAGGUCACCAGAUAGUCGUGCUGUAGACCCGUUCGGUGUACUGCCAUGGCACCUGACCAAGGAGGACUCCAGUCUGUUACAACAAUUUCAACAAUACGCGAGGUGGCCAUGGUGUCCUAUCAGUGGUCGGAGUGAAUGGUCUUCAUUUACCGUGUCAGAUGAGCUGGUCUUUCGAGUUACCAUGUAUAGUUGGACGUUCCACAUGCGUGGGCGGCAUCCGGCAGUAGACCAAGUCCAUCAGGAAAGGCACGAAAUGGCUGUACUUCGAAACAAGCUAAGCACGAUAGCAAUUAUCAAUGAACGUCUAUCAGAUCCGGAGAAGGCCUGUAGCGACGAAGUCAUCGCAGCAACGGCAGCAAUCAUGAACGCAGAAAUCGCUUCGGGAUCUCUGGAGGAUGCGGAUGUCCACAUGAAUGGUCUGCAUGCUCUCAUUUUACGCCGAGGUGGACUCAAUACCCUUUCUACUCCUCGACAAGCCUUGGUGCAGCGUUUGUGUGCCUGGAAUGACUUAAUGCAUGCCGAGCUUCGGGGCACUCGGCUUCAUUUCCCUGCACUUGACUUAUGGGCUCAAGCUUGGAGCCAUCUCUCCCGCAUGGACGACCAUAUCCCCCUCCCAGGCUUAUCCGAAGGGGAACUGAAUGCUGUAGGGAUUCCAAAUUUUGCCGUCUUCAGACUUCUGCAUGAUAUGCGCAUGCUUUGCGAACUGGAAGGUCUACAGCCACUUACUUCACUUCCAGAAGAACAGGCCAUGCGAAGGAACGAUUGGUUUCACAGACUAGAAUGGAAGCUUCACCGUAUAUACGAGAGCACCACCCCUGAUCUAGACGACAGGCAUAACCGCAUUGUCCAUGUCAUUGCCAUGGCAGCCUUGAUUUAUGCUCACCACUGCCUCCGGGGUAAUGGACUCGGCUAUCGCAGCUUCUCCGUCCUGGUUCCCAAUCUCUUGAAAGGAUUACAAACACUGGAACGGCAUGGUGAGACGCUGGGUUUCGCGCCUCAUCUCAAAGUAUGGGUACAUGCCGUUGGUGCUGUGACAAGCAAGAAGCUUAAUAUCGUGCAUGAAGUGUUCAUGGAUCAGCUUACGCAGCUAUGCGUUGAUUGGAAGCUGGAGCAGCAUGACUUCCUCACCUAUCUGCGGCAAUUCUUAUGGUGUGAUCGCGUAGAUGAAUGGCGCUUCACUGAGCUCUGGAAUGAAAUGAGGGAACGCUUACCCUGUCAAUGA